GAGAUAUAGUAGGUCUCUGACACUCUGUGCCCAUCUUACUCCUGCCAACAGAUCCUUACUGGAAAUAUCUUUUCCGGCUCAUUCAAAUGAGUACUGACAAGCCUACGCGAAUUAGACAGCCUUCUCGUCUCCCUCCAGAAACCCGCAAUUCCCACGUGUUUGCGCCCACUCGAUUGACGAGGUGUCGGCUUGCAAUGUCUUCAGUUUAGCGAUCAGUCCCUUGACAAGGCCUCACCGAUGGGUUUCGUAAUGGAAAAGAAUCCACUGGAGAAUAAAGACCCUUUCGAUUGGUCAAUCGACGAGGUGGUUGCAUAUCUCUGUCGCGCCUCAUUUGACUCUUGGAGCCAUUCCAAGGUUCCCCCGCCUCGGCCCGCGCCUGAAAUUUUAGAAAAAGCUCUACGCGAGAAUGAUGUCACCGGCUAUGUUCUACUGACAGAGAUAAACAAACAAACCCUCUCUGAAGAGUUUGGGCUGAAGUCUCUUGGCCAGCGAGCCACGAUCGUUCGAGCAGUCAAGUAUCUCCAGGGAACAUCCCCAAAGUAUAACGAAUAUGUUGGCCAGUUGAGCUCAGCAGAUAUUAUUCCAGAUCCUCACGCCUCGAGUGGAAAUCCUACGCAAUUAUGUCCUUCUAAAUAUGAUCAGCAAACCCCAAGCGUUGCACGUCCGACGACCCACCCUCAAAGACAUUCGCUGCCAGCCGCUCCUUCGACCCUUACCUCUCUUCAACCCAGCACCUCUGUCUUUGUUGAAGCGUCAACGAACAACGCUGAGAACGCUUUAUUCCAACCAGUUAGUUAUGAAGUAGCAGAUCACAUUCCAAUUUCAAAAGAGAGCCACCCUCCUUCGAGGUCGAAAGUGCGAUCGCUUUCAACCCUAAAUGAUUCCGAAGCAAAUACACGCCAUGACGAGCAUUAUAUUAUAGAUAAAAAUGGGAGGAAACGGCGCAAAUUAAACCUCAGCGCUCUGACAACUCAACAAAGUGAGCCCCAGCAGCUCCAGAGACGCUAUUUGGACCACAGAAAAAUGUCAAUUUCAGGGGUAUUUUACCCAGACAACACUAUCAAUGAGGAUGAGAGCGGGGAAGAUACAUUUUGCAUCAUGGCGCCUGAUUCCUUACCCACUGGCCACCGGCUUUUUGUAAACCAAAAAAUGCAAUACUACCUUCGACAAAGACCUCAAUACCUAAAAACUAAGACAGGAAAACCCGCGAUUGCCGUAUUUCCCUACCGCGGCUCAUCGGCGGUACAAGGUGAUUCCCAAUUCUUUUCCUUGUUUGUCAAAAAUGGGAAAAAGGUCAACGUCACCAGAGAGAACAUGUUUGACUGGCCAGAAUUCGACCUAGGAAGUGACAGAUUGCAUUAUUUACUUGCCAAAUAUCCGCCCCGAGGGGAACAGGAUGCAUUACCAGCCUAUGGCGAUUCCGCGUCUGAAGGCGACUACGAUUCUGAAACUUGGAACGAGAUUCAGGAGGAAAUCGAGCAAAAAAAAGAUAGCUCAAAGCGGUCAACGGAUCUGUCUCCAGCAGCCGUUGACGCUAUUAUUGAUGUUUGUAUUGCCGACUAUAUUAGCAAGUGGCACCUUAAAAAGCGGCCAAUCGAGGAAAGAAAGGCGAGGCGAUUGUGGCGCCGCGCAAGGGCGAAACGAACUAGACUAGCAGGCAUUAAAGCUGCUUCUAGUGAAAUUGCACACCUGGACCACCGUCUAAAGGAAAUCAGAAAGGCGAUUAAAAUGUCCCCCUGGUCUCAGGCUAAAGACGUACAACUCCAGUGCCAAGCUAUGGAACAGACCGUUUUUCAACGAGAAUUUCAAAAAUGGACUAUUACUGUGUUGGAAACUGAAAAAUGCCCACCAAAGAUAGCCAGCAAUUCCAAAGCUUCCCGGCCAAGGCCCCCGCGGCAUAUUCAGCUGCCAGAUGAUGAGGAGUCAUUAGGUUCUGACACUGAGGAUAGUGGCAAUGAUACCGAUGAUUUCGUUGUUCCGGAUGAUGAGCCACCUGGUCAUGGUCAAAGACCUGCUGAUGCACUAUUAUCAUCGUCACCCUGUCCUACUAUUGAACCAUCUGACGACCAAGACACUGUUUCUCCCAGGAAGCAAGUGAGAUUUCGAGGGGACGGUAGGGGGCACGCCGGCAAUACUGUCGCAGGCCGUGUUGAAGGUUCCUCCUCACUCCCAAGCUCACGUAACCUUGUCGGGGUUGAAAUCGUGGAUCUUACACGAAGUGACAAUGAGAACGGAAGCAAUAUCAAGACCAGUCGAGAAAGGAUUGCUAUUCACGUGCGUACACCACCGAUGAGCAGUCAUAGGCGAGACGCUUCGUCAUCACGCCUCCUUGAUGACUCUGAAGGUUCGACGAGUGCAUCAAUCUCAUCUACAGCUUCAACACUAGUUGCUGAUCUGGAUUUGGAUCACAUCAUGAGCCUCACCACUGAACAGCUCCAAUUACACCGAACACAUUUGAUGGCUUGGUAUGCUCAUUACAUGGGUGAAGAGGACAGAAUAGGUUUAACCCGUAUUUUCAACACUAAAUCUUUCAGAUAUUUGAAAAGCAUCGUGUACAAGGGCCUGCAAAACUUGCUGGAACAUCGUACUACAAUUCCUGGCACCAGCGCCAAAGAUUCUAAGCUGUAUCUGAGAAUGACUGUGAUGUAUAUCUCUUGGAUCGUGCGCAGGAAAAUAAUCGCAGAAAAGGGCAUAAAAAAGCAGGAUAUUGAGCACUCAAUGCGCAAGAAGAAAACCCGCCACUUUCUUUCUCUUGUCGCUGAUAUUCUACGGACUUAUCCUUUUAAGAAGUCGAAGGGGCAGGAAGAAAAGGAUUCUUCUACAGAAGCUAGCGCUGAGAUGAAGACUAACUUGGACGAUGAGCCUGACGGCUCUCCUAGGGACGAAGAUGGUUUACCCAACUCUACUCAUACACCACAUCGGAAAAGAAAGCGUGCCGUGAAGCAAAGCCAGGAGGCAUUGGAUACUCAGAAGAGCGCGCAACGCCGAGUUAAGCUUCAAGAGCAACAACAACAGCGUCUCCUUCAACGACUUGGGAGCUCAGGCGUGGCCAACAGCGAUCCUGAACGGCAGGCUGUCAGUUUCGAUGAACCGGUUAUCUACCUAGAUCCGCACAUCGGUCGCCUUGUCAAGCCUCAUCAGCUACAUGGAAUGCAGUUUAUGUGGAGAGAAUUGAUCAAGGAUGAUAAACGACAAGGCUGUCUUCUAGCCCAUACUAUGGGGUUAGGCAAAACAAUGCAAGUUAUCUCGUUUCUUGUCACGAUUGCAAAGGCUGCGAAUUCUCCAGAUCCGGAGAUUAGAAAACAAAUUCCGGACUGCUUUCGCGAAUCUCGCACUUUAAUUCUGUGUCCACCAUCCUUGAUUGAAAAUUGGUCGGAGGAGUUCAUGAGGUGGCUACCACAAGACCCUGCAACAAAGCGGAGCCUCGGUCCUGUGAGGAAGGUUUUAUCAAAUAUUCAGUCCCGGGAACGAUUGCAGGAAAUCGCCGCAUGGUAUACGGAAGGUGGUAUUCUUCUGAUCAGCUACGAUAUUUUCAGAAGUUUAGUGCAUAAUGCUUCGACAAAACGCCGACCCCGCCCACUCGAGCCAAACCAACACGAAAGUGUGAAAAAACAACUGCUUAAUGGGCCAAACAUCAUCAUCGCCGACGAAGCGCACAAGAUGAAAAAUAGAACCACCGGAAUCGCCGCCGCCGCUUGCGGUUUUAAAUCCAAAAGUCGGAUUGCCCUCACAGGUUCUCCCCUUGCAAAUCACCUCGAAGAGUACUAUGCGAUGAUUAACUGGAUUGCACCUGGAUACCUCGGCGAUUUCGUACAGUUCAAAGCCAAAUACAUUGAACCCAUCGAAGCGGGUCUAUAUGUCGACAGUACCCGCGCCGAGCGCCGGGAAUCUUUGAAGAAACUCCAAGUGCUGAAAAAGGACCUGGAUCCUAAAAUCAAUCGUGCCGAUAUCUCAGUCUUGGCAGGCGACCUUCCACCAAAAGUGGAAUUUGUCAUAACUGUUCCCUUAACUGCCCUCCAGGAAGAGGCGUAUAAACUAUACGUGGAGACCCUGAUGGAUACCGGAGACGAUGUAGCGAGCACGCGUGUAUGGGCCUGGCUCGCUAUCCUCUCUCUUCUAUGUAAUCAUCCGUCGUGUUUUAUGGAAAAAUUGCUGGGGAAGAAUAUCGACAAAAGGGCUAAGGCAUUGAUUCAAGAUUCAGAAUAUGAAAGCUUCCCCGAAGACACUCCUGCCACCCAGGAUUCGAGCCCUGAAGAUACCCCCGUUACUCAAGUUUUGGCUCCCGAAACCAUCAGUAAACUUAAACGUGUUUUCGACGGAAUUAACGAUCUCAAGUCCACUGCACAUUCUCAUCGUGCGGCGAUGCUAGAUCAAAUUAUUAAACAAUCAGUUAAUGCCGGCGAUAAAGUGCUUAUAUUUUCUCACAGCAUACCAACUCUUAAUUAUAUUGAGGAUGUUUUAAAGGUAAACCGCUGGAGAUACUGCCGCCUGGACGGCACUACACCUAUUACUAGCCGUCAAUCUGCCACAAAAUCCUUCAACAAAAUUGAUUCACCAAUGCAGGUAUAUCUGAUAUCGACAAAAGCGGGCGGUCUUGGUCUGAAUAUUCCUGGCGCUAAUCGGGUCGUUAUUUUCGAUUUUGCAUUCAAUCCAACUUGGGAGGAGCAAGCUGUUGGACGUGCAUAUCGCUUCGGACAAAGGAAGCCGGUGUUUGUUUAUCGCUUCAUUGCUGGAGGCACGUAUGAAGACAUUAUGUACAACAAGACUGUCUUCAAGACCCAACUGUCUUUCCGAGUGGUCGAUAAGAAGAACCCCAUACGAUAUGCGACUAGGUCUAAGAAGGCAUACCUCUUCCCGCCAAAGGAAGUCAAACAGCAAAGCCUUACUGAAUUCAUAGGCAAAGAUCCAAAGGUCCUCGAUAAGAUUUUGGAACAGCCUAACUUUGUUCGAAAGAUCACUCUCACUGAAACUUUCCAGCGUGAGGAUAAUGACAAUUUGACUCCGGAGGAGGAACAAGCCGUUCAGGCAGAAGUGGAUGACGAAAGGCUUAAACGUAAUGACCCUGCCGCAUGGGCACGAAAACAGAGUGAAAGACUGAGGCAAGCCGAGGCCACGCUGCCGAUGGAGCAACCAUACAUGUUUAACAACAAUGCUCCCUCCUCUCAGCUACCUCCCAGGAUGACAAUACAGAGGCCUAUCAUGUUGUCCAUGGGAUUUUCUGGCCCAGCUCCCCGUCCUCCCUCAGGUUAUGUGAACCCCAAUAUCCUUUUCACUGCUCCUAGUUCCUCAGCCCCUCAAUAUGGUCCCCCAAACCCGGGCUCUGGGCCUCCUCCUUUACAGCCUGAUACCAGUUUGUUUGCAACUCCUUCUUCACAGCCGCCUAAUUCACGACUUGCAACUUUCACAUCGUUAUCAACCAAUUUUCCUAUUCCAGUACGGCAUAGCGCGCCUCCGAGGUCUCCUACCAACACGACCCCCGUACCACCGGAUGCCAACCUUUCCAACCCUGUGCACCAAAAUCCCUUGAUAAGUCCAACUAGUGCACCUAGCACUGCGCCCCCUACCCCAUCGGUGGCCAAUAUUCCAGGUUCCAAUCUACCUAAUCCUUUGAUCCACCCGGCUGGCGCAUCUAAAGUUGCGACGCUCCCGCUGUCGACAGCAAGCAUUGCUAAUUCUUCGCACUCUAAUGCACCGCAGCUUAUGCGCCCACCUGUCAAUGAGCCAAAUGCGCAAACGAGAACAUCGACACUAGCUUCAACCAACGAAGCCAGCACGGAAAGUCGACCUCCUGCCAAUUUUGCGGCAGCCACGUCGAAUGUGCCAGUGACGCCCAAUCAGCCACCCAGCAAAGCUGCUACAUUCGCCAAAACGAGUACUCCCUUGAGACCUGCCAACCGCCCAGCAGUUACACCGACCACGCAAUCGGCAAGCAAUACUUCUACUUCUAGCAUGCCUGGUAUCCCUUCCAAGCCUACCAAUCCCUCGACUGAUUCACCAAGCAUGCCGGCAUUGAGUUGCUCGCAGUCCCCCAUUAAUGUUGGUAUUUCUGCUAAACCCAUCGCUCACCCGGCCAAGCCACCGAACACGCCAGCAACAACAUCCACACAGUCACCCAGCAAUGUUGCUACACCUACCAGGGCGAAUGCCCCAUUAGAAUCCUCCACCGACUCACCAGCAAAUUUACGGAACGCACCAGCAGCUACACCAAGUAAUGAUCCUGACUUUGCCAAAUCUGAUGUUCCAAGCAAUCCGUCUUCUCAUUCACCCAAGAAAAGUCGCCCCGUUGGUUUUGACGGUGCGGAUGAAAGAGAGCGGGAAAGUGGAGAUGACUCUGACUUGGUUGAUAACUCCCCAAAAACACCCACUAUGGAGGAAGAAUCUACUCGCUGUGCAACACAGUAAAUUGCGAACUUUUCUCAAAUCCGAAAAAGUUCGUCCUAUUUCGCUGUGAUUUUGUCUUCUUCAGAUCGCCUUAACGGGAAGCUUUUCCCAAAUUUCUCUUGCCGGAUCUGCGAUGGCCAUUUUGCGCAAUAAUUGCAAAGGAAGCGAGUGGCAUCACUUAGGUGUUUGUCUCGUGUAGGGCUAGUUACCAGUGCCUUGUCGUUUCCGUCUUAUUUCUUUAGUUCGUACUGAUCUGAGAUGGAUAGGUAUGAGAAUUGGAAAAUGGGAAAGGGGGAAGGGAAAAGA